AUACUGAAUUUUCUCUGGAAUAAUCUUAUAUAUGUGUAUGGAGGAAUAUUUUCGUUGUUGAAUUAAGAUUUGCCAUUUUGUGGUGUGGAUGGUUUCGGCCGUAUAGUUAAUUGGAGCUCGUGAAGAAGAGGAAUCAAGAUCAUGGACAGAUUAGCAUUGUAUUCAUGGGGCGCCAAUUCGCACGGGCAGUUGGGCCUAGGCGAUAUCAAGGAAGACGAGGUUCUGGCACCUCGAAAAGUCUGCGUUUUUCCCUCAGCCAUGCGCCUGGAUGAAGUGAUCAAGAUGGUCGGAGGAGCUGGUCACACUCUGUUCCUGGACCAACGAGGUCAAGUCUUCAGCUGCGGCUGGAACGACAAAGGCCAGGCAGGUGUUCCGACGUGUUCCUCGACUUUUCAAAAGGUGGAAGCUCUCAGCAACGAGAGGAUCACCGACGUAGCCUGUGGAUGGGACUCGUCCAUGGCUUUAACCAGGGAAGGAGACGUGUUCGUCUGGGGGUCGAACUCUCAUGGUCAGCUGGGCUUGAGAGACGUGGACAAGGUUUCGGAGCCUAGAAAAUUGGUAGGGGAAGUGGACGGACGAAAAUUUCAACGGAUAUCGAUGGGUCUGAGACACUCGGCUAUCGUGUCGACGGACGGCGAACUGCUGGUCAGUGGAGCUUCGAACAAGGGUCAACUGGGAGUCGAUCUUCAAGGCGCUCGAUGCUCCGAGUCCUUCCUAACAGUUUCAGAUUUACCUCCCGUCAGAGAAGUCGCCUGCGCUCAGCAUCACACCGUUGCCAUCAGCCGUGAUAACCAGCUGUUCGCUUGGGGCGACAACAAACACGGCCAGUUGGGGAUCGACCCACAAAAGGGGAAAAUCGUAACGACAGCCGCGAAAGUCGAGAAUGGCUCGGAAGUCAACAACACGAGCAGGAUAUACUGCGGUUGGACGCACACUUGCCUCUAUUCCUCUGUGCUGUACUCCUGGGGACGAAAUUCGUACGGUCAAUUGGCCCGACCGAAGGAUACCCCAGUGAGCGAGUGCUGGAAAGCAGGCGUAGCUCUAAACGAUGAUCUUCACUCGAUAUCCGUCGGAUCCGAGCACAAUAUGGCUCUCACUGGUAGUAGCGGCACCGUGUUGGCGUGGGGCUGGAACGAGCACGGAAACUGCGGAACCGGCAGUACGCAGGAUGUAUUUAGACCCACGGAAGUAAAACUACCUGCGGCUAGUUUAAUAGGAACCGGUGCGGGUCACUCGUUCGCGCUUGUUUAUAAUCAAUAUACAGCUAUAUACUCAACUGUUAUUCCAUUGCUGGCGCUGCCAUGCCGCCGCGAUCGAAACAAAUCGCUCCGGCCUAGUUUCAGACGCGAGACGUCGUCGUCAAGUGUAAUCAUGUUCCGCGCCAGGUCUCAGAGCAGCAUUGGCGACAGCGAGCGCGAGGCGAAAUUCGUGCAGGAGAGGAUCGACGCCGUGGAAAAGCACUUCGCGGAGCUGUGUUCGGUCUUCGCUGCGUACACGAGAAAGGCCGCGAGGUUGAGGGACAAGAACGACGAAGUUGCCAAGACGAUACAGACUUACGCCGACGCCGAGGAUAUCAAUCGAUCCAUGAGCACGUGCCUCGUCAACUUUGCCAAUACCCUGUCCGUCGUAGGCGAUUACAGCGACGCCCAGGUCCAGAGGCUGAACAGCAAAGUCGUCGCGCCUUUGUCGCAGUACCAGAACACCUGUAAACGAGCCAAGGAAAACGUCAAAAGCACCUUCGCAGCCCGAGAUGAGGAGCUCAAACGGAAGCGAAUGUUGGAGAAGGUCCGCGAGGAGAACCCGAAGAACCAGCAGCGAAUAUCCCAGGCCAAGUCCAACUUGAUGAAAGCGACCGUCGAAGUUUCCCGAGUCGUCAAGGGCCUCGAGGAACAGAUCGACUCGUUCGAGAAGCAGAAGUUGCACGACAUAAAGACGAUACUUCUGAGCUUUGUCACUGUCCAGCUGAGUUUUCACGCGAAAGCCGUCGAACUGCUCACCAAAGCCUACCAGGAUGUCGCGGAGAUCGACGAGGCUCAGGACUUGGAGGAAUUUCGAGAGACUAUGAAGGCGACGGAGUCAUCGACGAAGUUGAGCGCGGUCAAGAAAUCCGGUUUCCGUCAAGCUUGCUCCUUGAUGAAUCUGCACAAUCGGUUCUCCCCGUCGCCGAGCAGUCUGCGGAAAGGAAAGGCUCACAAGACUACGGAAUCUUUGGAUUCAUCGAAAACCGGCCACACGAAUUCGUCGGAAUCGGUGCAAGUGGAAGAGUACGACGAGAGCACGGACGACUCCGAAGAAUCCUCUUCGAUACGCGAUAAAAAAUCAGUGAGAUCUAGACUAAAGACUAUGUGAAUGUAGGUAACUAAUGCGUCACGUAUUUUCAACGCCUUGUAGAGAAAGUUAGCCGCGCGAGGAGACAGAGAGGAGAAGAGAAGUCGCUUGAUCCUGAAGAUGGUUCCUGCCCUCGCGAGGUAUCAGAAGAAUCUGACGUCGUCCCUGAUACACAGUAUCAGCUACUCUUGACGAGAAUGAAUACAAGUGACUUGAUUUUUUCAUAAAAUGUAUUAUUAAUUUACAAAAGUUUGUACAUUCGAAUGUAUAACAUACAACAUGCAAGAAAUAGACUCAUAAGUUAAAGUUCAUGUCAUUGUACUUGGUGCAUAAUUGCAUAAUCGGUGAUUCAUCAAUCAAUCUAACUUUGUAUGGUGAGAUUAUCGGAUGACAUGUUUUUCAUGGCUCUCAUUUUUCAGCACCCUCAACUCCAGCUUGCGUCAUAAGGUCACCUAUGUUCUUCUCCAAAUCAUCUAUCCUGUUUCCCAUUUCAUCUAGUGUUUAUUAUUAAGGAAUCAUCAUGUAAAUAAGUGUGUCAACUGCAGUGUAAAUAGUAUAACAAACAAAAAAUUUCAAAUAAAUUCAUAUAAGAAAGAAA